ACCUGGAGACAUGAUUGAGAUGACCAGCGGUUGUUUCAAGCAUUGGGCUGUGUGUGUGGGACCUAAUUCUGUGGUCCAUUUGACUGUCGACGAGUAUGAGACUCAGGGUGUGGAAUCGAGCAUGGCAGCAAAUGUCCAGGGCACCCGAUUCAUGGUGAAAAAAGAACAUCUGGCCAAGGUGGCUGCGGGGUUCGAGUACUGGGUCAACAACAAACACGAUGGUAAGCGCCGAGUGCGAUCUCCUGAGAAUAUCGUCCAGAUGGCCUUGGCGCUGGUGGGGAAGGAGUGGCCCUACAGACUCACCCAGGUGAACAGUGAGCACUUCGCCAUAGAGCUGCGCUACGGGGAACCCAUCUGUGAGCAGAAUAGAGUCGGUCCUGAGCCCAAACCUGGAGACCUGAUUGAAAUUUCCAACGGUGGUUUAGAGCACUGGGGCGUGUAUAUGGGAGAUGAUUAUGUGGUCUCACUGGCUGGCAUUGACACUAAGAUUCUGUCUAUGGAGAAGAUCAUGGAGAUGGCUGCCCUGGACAUCAAAACCGUGGUGAAGAAGGUGUGCCUGAGAGUUUCAAUGAGAAAUUGCUUGUGGUGGAUCAAUAACAAACACGAUGGUCAGCGCCAAGUGCAGUUUCGUGAGGACAUCGUCCAAAAUGCGUUAAAACUGGUGGGGCAGGAGUUGCCCUACAGCUUCACCAAGGAGAACUGUGAGCGCUUCGUCAUGCAGCUGCGCUACGUAGACACCAUCUCCGACCAGAAUAGAGUCGGUCCUGAGCCCAAACCUGGAGACCUGAUUGAGAUUUCCAACGGUGGUUUAGAGCACUGGGGCGUGUAUAUGGGAGAUGAUUAUGUGGUCUCACUGGCUGGCAUUGAUACUAAGAUUCCGACUGUGAAAUCGACUUUGGCGGCGUCUGUCCAAGACACCCAAUCCGUGGUGAAGAAGCAGCUGCUGUCGGAGGUGGUCAUGGGGUGCAUGUACCGGGUCAAUAACAAACACGAUGGUAAGCGCCGAGUGAGAUCUCCUCAGAACAUCGUCCAAAUAGCCUCUGACCUGGUGGGGCAGGAGUGGCCCUACAGUUUCAGCGAGAAGAACUGUGAGCACUUUGCCACGGAGUUGCGCUACGGAGAACCCAUCUCCGAAGAGAGGAUAUUUUGUCGUAAGCCCAUAUUUGGAGACCUGAUUGAGUUUUUCCGUGGUGGGAAAUUCAACAAUCACUCGCUGGAAUAUGACCACUGGGCCGUGUAUGUGGGAGACAGUUACGUGGUCCAUCUGACUAACCUAGACUUUAGGAAAUCAGGACCGAAGAUUGUCAUGUCUCUGUCAGACAUGCUACCCAAAGCUGUGGUGAAGAAGGAGCUGCUGUCAGAGGUGGCAGCCGGCUGUGAGUUCCGGGUCAAUAACAAGCAUGACUGGAUGCUCACAGCAAGGCCUCCUGCGGUGAUUGCCCAAAUGGCCUUGGCACUGGUGGGGAAGGAGAGGCCCUACAGCCACUUCGAUCUGAAUUGUGAAAAAUUUGCCAUGGAGCUCCGCUAUGAAGUUUCCUCUCAUGCUCAGUGUUUAUUCCCUCUCGUUGAAGGCCGUUGUGGCCGUCUAACUGAGCAUCUCAGAAUCAUCACGGAGUGGCUUUGGGAGGAGGAUCCCCUUGAGGAGCUGGUUGAUAGUCUUGGUAUGGGAAUCAGUGAUGUUUGAGGGACUACGAUGCGGGAAAUGGAAAGAGAUCCUGUCCAGAGUGAUCAUUCCCAGCUAUUAUUGUCAUACUGGUGGAAGAAGGCCAUUUCCUACUGAGGAGUGACAGCAGUAAGUUCUGGUGGAUUGUAUCUGCCUUGUGUAAACUCCACAGCAACGUGGGCAGAACCCGGCCGAGCAGGUGCAUUCAGAAUACUGCCUCCCUGGUGAGUGACCAAGUUUAAUGCAGUGACAAUCCAGAGAACCAGCCAGCCCCUCGGUCCAAGUGGAGCCCACAGUGGUAUCGGAGAGAUGCCCCACACGAGGGAAGUCCAAGAGGAGAUCACAGAGCAAACUCACUUAAGAGCACCAAAAGAAAGGGUGUUGGGAUGAUCUGCCCAGGAUGGGAGAUUCCUGCUGAAAGUAGUCUAUGGACCAAACAUGAUUGCCACCCAAUGUCUCUUCUGCAGACCACAGCAACCAAAAGAAGAGAUAGAAGAAAAGGGAGUGCCCUG